GUGCUACUCGAGCAGUGCACGUUAGACCCUGGGAGUGUGAGGGUGUGUGUAGAUCACCGUUUCUCGACAUCAGUGAAUGGAACACAUUAAUUAUAGGACUAGAGUCUGAUAUAUAUCGGAAAACAUAUGUUACUAUAUAUUCGUUGGAUGACUGUGAAAUUGUACUAAACGAGGCUUCUCAGCUUCUACUUAAAAUAAACAAGACCUGCUGGUGACCCAUCUAGCGGGUGAUACCCUCCUGCCCGACACACUCGGAGCUCAAGGCAGCGAGACCUGACCUGUCUACCUCACACCCGAGCUUCUCCACACCUCCUCUACUACUUAAAAGGGAGAAAAUUAUGAACCUGAAGCGUUUUAACAUGUUCAGUAUGGAGAACAAGAUGAUCGGGUGGCUGCGACAUGUGCUCACCGCCAUCUCUGUCCUCCUCUUCGUAGUGGGAUGCUGCAUUCUUUGCUACAUGGCCUGGGUCCUCGCUACCUCCAUCACUGUGUCCCGCUUUCUCUCUGGCACUUUGAUCUUCACGUACAGCGUGCUGGGCGUGGGCUUCCUCUUCUUCAUGAGUGGGUUGGUGGGCUGGGUGGCCGGCGCCUCCGAGAUGCUGUGUGUUCUGCGUCUGUACCUUAUGAUGCUGAUCCUCGCAGUGGCAGGAGAAAUUGGUGGCAUCGUCGCUCUUAAUCUCCUCCAGCUGAGGCUGGAUGAUGUCCUGAUCAAUGGAUGGGCCGAAGUUAACCAGGGAACCCGCAACAUCGUCCAGACAAAUUUCAACUGUUGUGGUUUCUAUGGUCCAAAGGAGUUUGCAUAUACCAAUUACCCUUUGAGCAACUCAUGUUAUGACACCAUCCAAGAGGUGACUAAAGAAACUUUCACCGAUGCUCACCAGCUCAAGCAGAAUGGCUGUGGAGCACCACUCAAAUUUUGGUUAGAUGACAAUAAGGCCAUCUGGUGCUCUAUCCUGGCUGCUUUAGGAGGACUCCAGCUCAUGUGUAUUAUCCUCUGCAUUCACAUCAUCCACAAACUUAAAGAUAAAGCUGGUUACAAAAGGGCAUCAGACAAGCGACGUCUUCAUGAUGAGAAAGGAGCGUACUCACUGUGAGCCGUGGACCACCAUGAGCUAAUAUGGUGACCUGCAGGAUUAUACAUGCCAUGUUCUCCUAUCACAGUAGACUAGCUGAGCUGCUUUUGUAGCAUACCAGUUCCUUCAUAGACAAUUUGUUAUUUAGAAAGAUGAUAAGUACCGUAAUGGUCAGUUACUGAGCACCAGUAACCUAUAAAGUUUAUAGAUUAUCAUUGAUCAAGGUACAUAGAAGGACAGGUAGUACCAUUCUCAUAGAGCUCUUUAGUGAUUGCAAGAAGGAAGAGGAGGUUUUGUUGAGGUUUUCUUAUGGUAUGAAAUGAUGCAUUGGCAUAAAAGAUAGUGUAGAUUUUUUGUUUUAUUGCAAUUGGAGCCAAUGAUACUAAAUAAAAGGAAAAUUUAUCACUCGUCAGAGACUCGUUCAGCAUGCUGAUUAAUUAUCCGUGGAUAUGUUGCUUGGCCCCUCCCCUUUCUUCCUCUUGUCAACUGUGAAGGCAUGAUUUUUAAAGCAAUUACUCCAGUGGCUUGGGGGCUUCUGUGUUCAUGAAAACUACUCAAAAUCACCCUCUUGAUUUUGUGAAAGGAACAUCUAAAGUACCCCAAAAAAUGAAGGGUGGGCAUUCUGUAACUCGGCAAUAAGGAAGAAAUUCGAGAUGGCUACCACGGCUUGGCGAUAUAUACAUACAAGAUCCAAAUCUGCACUUCUAAUCAUCAUAGGAACAUUUUUUACAACGAAAUUCAUGUAGAUUCGCUGCAAACGGGUUUUCUUGGAAAUCGUUGUCAAUAUGGUCUCUAUUUUAUUUUAUAAAGAACAUAUUUUUACAGCAAAGGGAUUUUUUAAGUAAUCUUUUUAACAUUUAUAACUGUUUACAUACUAUGUAUAACAUGAAACUGAAUCUUGUAUUCAAUGGGUUAUAUUUUACACACUUAAAGUAUCCCAUUAUUGUAAAAAUAUUUAUUUUGGCAAAUCAAAAGUCAUGAUUAUCCCAAGAACUUUCCAUAUCCAAGAUUAGAAAUAUAAAACUGUUAGAGUAAAUCUUGGUCAAAUAUGACUACAGUAUAUGUAAAAAUACAGGUUUUCAUGGGUAAGGAUUCCAAAUAUAUCAACCAAAUUUAUGUAAGAUCACUGUAAAUUUAGGUUUCUAGAUUGGCUGCUAAUACUGUAUGGUGUCUUUUAUGUUGAUGGAAAUGUAAGAUACUGUGUGGUUCUGUAUUACAAAAACUUCAUUGAAAUUACAGUAAUUUCAAAAUGAAAAGGGGAAUUUUAAAUCUGUUUCUAAAAUAACAAUUUAAAUAACCCUUCAUGUCUUUGUAGCAAGCCAUUCAAGGCUAUCAUAUAUUUCAUUAUAUACAUAUAUAUAUAUAUAUUGUCUAAUUAUAUACAGUAAUUAUGAAAAGGCCAAUUUCUUCCCAUAAAUUUAGAUCAGAAAACACUGUCAUGAUAAUGCUUAUGUAUGCUGGAAGCCAGAGAAACAAAGGGGCAGGGUCAAGUUAAGAAAAGUUGGCAACUAGGAUUUUCACCGAGCCCAUUUGAAGCUACCCACCUUGAUCGUAAAUAUGUUCUUUUAUGUUUUAUUCCAAGCUGCUCAAGAAUUAUUUAUCUGUUGGAACUACACCAUGGAGACUGUGCCAUAAUGUUAGUGUGGUAAUAUGACUGUUCAGCUUUCAUGAACCACAGUUGUAAUCUAUCAGCUCACCAUAUGAGAUCAUGGUAGGCCUGUGGACACUGGUCUUUUAAAAUAUCAGUACAGUUUUCAAAGCGAAAGUUACUGAGAAUGGAAACUCUACAAUAUAUAUACUGUAUAUAUAUAUAAUUUUUUUGUUUUUGUCUUCAUACAAAGUUGCUUCCAUGUAAUGAUGUAAUGUAUAUAUUUUUGUAAUAUUUUUAUAAACUACAUGUACUGUAUAUAGAUUGAAAUUACUUC